ACCGGCUGGAUCACUUACAAGGAUACGAAAGCUUGCUAUUUUUCGACGUUUUUCAUAACCCAUCAGAACAAAAGAAAAAAGCUCCGAACAAAACAGAACAACUAGACCACUGGACCUAGACCUAGCACUAGCCUAAGCGUUGACAGCAGAAGAAACCACAAGGAUCCAGACGCGACUUUUCUAGGUAGCAAAUUGCAUUUUUUUUUCUUCAAUCCCGAAAAGCGUCCAAACUCAACGACAAGGCACCCGACCGUGGUGCUGCAUCUCACAGCCGUCAAGAUGUCAUCAAUCAGGCGGACAGUCCAUGAAUCUCUACCAUACGUCGACGCAGACCCUACGCCAACCCAGCGCGCCGCAGCAGAAGCCCUCAUUGCAGCCGAACUCGAAGCAUCAUCAGCAACGACGGUCGCGCCACACCCAGACCUGCCGCCAGCAUACACGCCAAACUUCACACCCGCCAUCGCCGCGGAGCUAGACCGCAUAUCCUCAUCCGCAGACCCAAGCAGGCCGGCAAAGCUCUCGGCCAUCGACACGAAGCGGUACGAGCUCGAAGACGAUGACGAGGAAGAGGGCCAGCCGGCGCCGACAGCAGACUACCUAGCCUCGGCGCUUUCAAAGGCCUAUACGUCAGCGACCCACAUCCGCCUGCGCCGCCACCACCUCGCGCUCCUCGACGCGCCAGAGGGUCGCAACGCCUGGCUCGUCGCCAACUGGCAGCUCGAGGGGGAGCUGCGCGCCCUCGAGGCGGAGCUGGCCGCCGCCAAGCGCCAGGUCGACAUCCUAGCCAUCCAGCGUCGGAGGGCGCAGGAUGACGUCUCGGGCGAGCUGAGGGGUCUCGAAGACAGCUGGAAGAGGGGUGUCGGCCAGGUCUUGGAGAUCGAGGUCGCCACUCAUAGGCUGAGGGCAGAGGUCGAGUCGAGGAGGAACGAGGCGUUGGUCGCGCAGGCUGCCGCUGGGGCCUGAACGUGUCCGAUAAUGAAGGUGAAACAAAUGAAGCGGCGACGCUAGAUAUUUCUAGCUCCUUUAAUGAUCAUGUAACAGGCUUGGCGACUCAAAGCUGCCAAGUGUUUCUAGACUUCAAAAGUCUUCGUUUAAAGUAUGCAAAAUUAGAGAACCGCUGAUUGUCGCAGACGUUCAGCCUAGGGUCCUGGCUAGAAUCUGAUACGGAAACUUUGCUUACGCAUUGACUGCCUCAGUUUUCCCUACCAGAUCGAGGAACCUCGGGCCGUAGUCUGCAUUGAAUAUGAAUUGCAGUUUUGAUAUUCCA